GACCAAAGAAGUCCUGAAGAUUGAUGGAGGGCCAUGCUAUUCAAACAGCAGGCGUUGCUGAGACAGAAGCUCUUUGUACUAGGCAGCCUUGCUAUUGGAAGUCUCCUAUAUCUAGUUGCCAGAGUUGGGAGCUUGGAUAGACUGCAGCCCCUUUGCCCCAUGGACGGCCGAUUCGGACCCCGCAGCCAGGACGAAAUCCCACUGCGAGCUCUGCAGUUCAAGCGAGGGCUGCUCCACGAGUUCCGAAAGGGCAAUGCCACCAAGGAACAAAUACGACUGCACAAUCUGGUUCAGCAGCUUCCCAAGGCCAUUAUCAUCGGGGUGCGGAAAGGAGGCACCCGAGCACUGCUGGAAAUGCUGAACCUUCACCCCGCAGUCGUUAAAGCUUCUCAAGAGAUUCAUUUCUUCGACAAUGACGAGAACUAUGCCAAGGGGAUUGAGUGGUACCGGAAAAAAAUGCCUUUUUCUUACCCUCAUCAAAUAACAAUUGAAAAAAGCCCUGCAUAUUUUAUCACCGAGGAAGUACCUGAAAGGAUUUACAAAAUGAACUCAUCUAUCAAAUUAUUGAUCAUUGUCAGGGAACCUACCACAAGAGCUAUUUCAGAUUACACUCAGGUGCUGGAAGGUAAGGAAAGAAAGAACAAAACUUACUACAAAUUUGAGAAGCUGGCUAUUGAUCCUAAUACCUGUGAAGUGAACACAAAGUAUAAAGCAGUGAGAACCAGCAUCUACACCAAACAUCUGGAGAGAUGGUUAAAAUACUUCCCAAUCGAGCAGUUUCAUAUUGUGGACGGAGACCGGCUCAUCACAGAACCACUGCCAGAACUCCAGCUGGUCGAGAAGUUCCUUAAUCUUCCUCCGAGGAUAAGUCAGUACAACUUAUACUUCAAUGUCACCAGAGGGUUUUACUGCUUGCGGUUUAACAUUGUCUUUAACAAGUGCCUGGCGGGUAGCAAGGGACGCAUCCAUCCAGAGGUGGAUACCUCUGUCAUUACCAAAUUGCGCAAGUUCUUUCACCCUUUUAAUCAAAAAUUUUACCAGAUCACUGGGAGGACAUUUAACUGGCCCUAAACUAAGCUUCAUACAACACUUUCUGUUGCACCCGAGACAUGCAAUAAGUGUCUCUCCUAAAAUAUGCACUUUUCAUAGACACGCCUAUCAAAGUGACUUUUUCAUGCAUACGUGUACAUAUGCAGUGUGUGACCAAAUAUACGAUGGGAUCAAUUUUUUCUACAGAGUGGUAACUAACAUAAAUCUCCUGUCAGCAUACGUGCAUCUUUUCGGAUAUAAUAACAAAGGGAAAGAAGGUAUUUAGGGACAUAAAGUCAGACACAGUUAAAAGGGUCAGUUUUCCUCUCGCUUAGUGAAGUGUUUAUGUAACAUACUUGUUGAUCUAAGCAGAACAUUAGCUUAUGCCAUAAAAAUUCAUGUCUAAAGUCUGUGACGCUGUGAGAAAGCAUAACCUUCAGGCUAUAUUUGGUAUGUAUAUUGCUAAAGGAAUACUGACACUUUAAACACAGUGCUGAAUUUUUACAAUGAGAUUGGAUAGUACUAUUUUCUUAUUAUUUGAAAUUAAUAUCUCAUACAAAUUACAUUGUUUCAGAGUUCCUGUGAGUUUGCACUAUUGUUUUAUUGUAUGGGCCAUAGUGUCUCUUCUAGCAUGUCAAUCGUGUCAAAAAAAAGUCAAAUAAUUUUUUCUUCUAUGCUGUGUGUCAACAAAUCUAAACAUCAUGUAUAUAGUGUACAAUGUUUGUAAAUACUGGUUUCACACUAAGUAAUUCUAUUUUGUAAACUGAAUAUGGCUAUUUAAUUUAUUGUGAAAAUUAAAUUUAUUGUGGUAUUUAAAAAUGGAAUGGAUUAAAAUUACCAUAUGUGCAA